ACGGACGGAUUGGUCUCUUUAGAUAUGGCUGAUGCUCCCACACAACGAUGCCGGUUUUUUUGUCACCGGUGUUCAGCAGAGAUUAAUCCACUUUUACCGGACUACACCUGUCCUCUAUGUAAUUCUGGCUUUAUUGAGGAACUGCCUGAGGAAAGAAGUACAGAAAAUGUGUCUGCAUCCACAUCCUCCACCUCUGAAGGGAGCAGUUCAACCUUUGAGAACACUGGUCUUCGGCAGUUUAUCUCACCAAUUUCCUCUGGGCACAGUCCAUUCACGUUUGGGAUUUUUGAUGAAAAUUUUGAUCUUCAAACAUGGCUACCAUCAGAGGACAGCAGGGAGACAGAAAACAGGAGAGAAAGGGAACGGCACAGUGCACAUCAAUCACAGGGUCGACAUAAUCCUCGAAGACAGGGAAUACGCCAUGAAGGAGGGCCCACAUUAGAGGGAAUCAUCCAGCAGUUAGUAAAUGGAAUCAUUGCCCCCACAACCAUGGCAAAUGUUGGGUUUGAAACAUGGGGCUUUCUACACUCCAACCCAAUGGACUAUGCCUGGGGCAUCAAUGGACUUGAUGAAAUCAUUACACAGUUACUGAACCGUUUUGAAAAUACAGGUCCUCCACCUGCAGAUAGAGAAAUGAUAGAUGGUAUACCCACCAUCCCCAUCACAGAGGAGCAUGUGGGUGCUGGUUUAGAUUGUCCCGUGUGCAAAGAAGACUACAGGGUGGAGGAGAGCGUUAGGCAACUGCCAUGCAGUCAUUUAUUUCACAAUGACUGUAUAGUACCAUGGCUGGAACAGCAUGAUUCGUGUCCUGUGUGCAGGAAGAGUCUCAGUGGACAGAACACAGCCACAGACCCACCUGGCUUAUCAGAUAUGAACUUUUCUCGCUCCUCUUUGUCUUCUUCUUCCUCAAGUUCACCUAGCAAUGAGAGUUCUGCCAACAACUCAUAGAUUUUCACCAGCAUCAUCACUCACCCUGCACCAGCAGAGACCCUUACGGCUCUUCUUUACAACUGACACCAGGACAGUUUGUCUCAAGAGUUGAGGUGAACUCUGCAUGUGCUGCGGUCUAUUAGUCAUCAUUCCUUCCCCCAGCUCUUGCUGCUUUUGUUUCCAAAUGAGGUGGAGGGAAGUGUCAAAGGAGGAUCUAGAAAGGUUGUGAAUAAUAAUUAUAGUUGCUGCUCAGCAGUGGGUGGGGGCUGGCCAUUUCCUACAACAAGCAGCAGCAGAAGAACUGAGAGACGGUGAACAACUAUGCAUUAGAAUGUGCAUUCUGCCUCAAAAGUGCUUGAGCUCGCAACCACGGACACUAAAGGCAAGUCACUAUCCUAAUAAGCUGCACGCCAUGUGACAAAGUAUACUUUACACUACAUGGCGGCGGCAAAAAUUCAGUUAUCAAGACAAAAUGCUGAAAAUCACUUGCUAUCAUCGAAACACUUAGAGAUGUUUGUUUUUGUUCAAUUUACCUCAUAAAUUGGAAAAAAAAAAACCUGAUCAUGGUUUUGACACUGUUUUUAUUCCGUAGACGGCAAAGGUUUACAUGAGUGCAGAAUUUGAAAUGCUGUCGAAGACAGUUUUUUUUUAAAGGUAAAAUUCUGAAGUAUUACACAGUAAAUUGUUAAUUUUACAUGAGCAUUGAAGGUUUAUUUAGUCAGAAUGUGCAAGAAUACAUUUACAACAGUGUUUACGGUCAAACGUUUGGAUGCAGUGGGGGCUGAAUUUUCAUAAAUGUAAAAAUCUGUGUAGAAUGUUGGUUUUAUUAGAGUUGGGCUUCAUAAUUUGUCCCACAGUGAAGUUUACAAAAGUUUGUAAAUGUCACUGUUUACAAAAAAAAAACAGCUGCUUCAUGACCAGUUCAUACUAUGAAGGGAGAUCAGUGAGUUGGCAAGGUGCACAAAGGUGACUGGCUGUCUUUUAACCUGGUUAGAUCACCAUGGCAACUUAACUGUGCACUUAGAGUAGCUCAAACUGUGCAUUGCCUUGUUUUCUUUUGCUCUGCAUUUAGUUGGAGAUGCAGAGAAUUUGAGUGGCGUUGCUCAAGGUUCAUGCUCUCAUUAAAAUAAGGAAUGUUUGAAGAGGUAGAAAAUUGAUUAGAGUUUAUCACAAAUAUUAACUCAAUCCAUUUCACUUUGGCCCCACAUUGAGGUUAUCGCUGUGUCUCAAUUUACUCUUGGACAGUAUUAUUUUUGAAUUUUUUUUCCCCCCCAUUAUUGGACAUUUAGACCUAAAUGCAGUUUUUCAGUAGAAUGUGUGUAUUUGCUGUGCAACUGUCUCUUUACACAUAAACAGGAAGCAGUGUUAGAGCAGAAAAGGGAUGUCUUACAUCGCCACUGCUUUAAGUUUUAAUCAUUUAAAUAAUGUUUUUAAAUUGUUUUAAUUGUUCCAGCUCUUCACCCAUUCCCCCCUGACUGAAGUAGGCAGCAUGUGAUCUGUCCAUUAUAUGUGCAGGUAGAGUCAAAUAAUGUAAAGCGGGGUUGAAAAAGCCUCUGUGGCGAUUCUCCGUUUGGAGCUUUAGGGUUAGUUGAGCCAGCUCAAGCAAAGAAAGCCUGGCUCUGUUAAACAUGGUUUAAAGUAUUGGCUCAUCUUUGCAGCUGAGGGACUGUCGCUCCCUGGCCUUCAAAUUAUGAUAGUCGGAUUGUGACCAGAGUUUAUAACAGAGGGUCACAUUUUAUAUUCAAAAUAAUACAGAAUCCUCUUUGUUUUUGUUUUUUUUAAAAUGCCUGUGGUGGUGAAGCCAGUGUAUGCAUCCGAGUGUUUUAAUUGUUAUUUAUUUGCACAUUUCUUUUCUUAAUUUGCACUAAUAUUCUGAGGGAUCAGAUGUGAUUUAAUGUGAACAAAAUGAAGACUUGCAGCUAACGGUGUUGACGACGUUUUUUGAUUUUUGAAAAAUUCCCAAAUCCACUUAUUUAUUCAAGUCCUUAAGCACAAAUGAAGUAGUGAAGAACAAAGUGUUUCACAGAAAGAGUGUAUAUAAGAAAACAUGCAUUUCAAGCAUUUCCAUUCGUCAUUAUUAUUCCAUACAAAAUCAUAAUAAUAAAGAGUGGAAAUCAAUAGUGUGGAUGCUGACUCGGCAUUAACACUGACACUCGACACGGAUUAUUGUAUUUACUUAUCUUUUGUACAAUUAUGAAGUGCUCAAGCUAUUUUGUACUGAUAAUGUGCAAUAAAGUGUUCUCCUUCUGAUGGUUAA